AUGUCCUUCCAUUCUUGGUUCUAUCGUUCACUUUUCUAUUUCCAUGCAUUUGUCGCCAUAGCUGAAUUCAUAGUAAGUUUUUCACUAAUUAUCCUCAUCUUCAUUACCAAACGUGAAUUAUUCUUUAAAAUCAAUCACCCUGAUGAUGAUGACUGGGAAUUAGUGGGUAUCAAAAAUUGGAUUAUAAUUAUUGUCCUGUUUAUGGUCGGUACGAUUCGAACGGUGAUUUUAUUCUUUUUUAUUUUUGGUGUAUCAGUAGUGACCACUCAGUUCUUCUGUCUCUUGUGUACAGAAUGCUAUCGUAAAGCGCUCUGUAAACUGUUCAAAGCAAAAGCGACACAUCGGUUCAUCGCGUUUAAUUGUAAUUGUCCAUGUUACCGUGCACGUCCUACAUUACGUUUUCAGCUACAGUUGUUAUUUCUCAUUCUGGUUUCUUGUAUUCGCAUUGCAACUAUAGCAUUUUGUUUCUCAUUGCGACAUCAUAUAACAGCAAAAAGUCUCGCCGUUGUCGUUGCUAUCUCAUUCUUUUUUCUUCUUUUAACUUCUCUCUUGGACUACUAUCAUUAUCGUGUGUGGUGGCACUAUAAGCCUCAAUGCGACACAAUAUCUGGUACAUUAUCGAAAAAACAUAAACGUUAUAUUCCCUAUCAUUUAAUGGGUGAUAAUCGUACCAUGCAUCAUGGUGAUAGACCUUGCUCCGAUGGUGAUCGAUGUACAAAUCGUCGUCUAGAACAUAUUCUAAUAUUUCAUUCCAAAGAUUUUAAACCACAAAAACGCUAUUGUGAUGUUCAACAGAAAACUCCAGGAAAAAAUCUUUAUAUUGGUUUUCAUCGAACAACAGCGGAAGCAGCAGUGAGUAUUGCCCACUCAGAUUUUGCAAUUAGUACCAAUAACAAAAGUACAAUGUUAGGGCACGGUGUUUAUUUUGCUCGAUCAAUGGCAGAAACAGAAGGGAAAGCUAAUGCUAAUGGCGCUUAUAUAUGUGCUGAAAUUGAGAUGGGCAAAGUUAAAGAAGUUGGUCCAGGACCGGAAAAAGAUUCUCUUCGGGGCACAACACAUUUAUGGAAAGAAUAUGAUACAGUCUAUUACAAUCAUACUAAGGAUAGUCGGGAUGAAUUUUGUGUUAAAAGUCCAGAUCAAAUAUUAAAAUGGAUUAUAGCAGUCAAUCAAGAAGAAGAUGAAAAAGUUCGAAACUAUAGACUAGAUACAGAGUUUGAUGAUCCGAUGUGUGGGUGUAUUUAG